GGAAGCUGAGAGGAGAAUUCCGUGGAUGCGGAAAACAACAAGGGUAAAAGGGUUGGUAGAAUCUAGCCCGUGUGCGCAGCGCCGAAGGAUGCUUAUUGAAAAAGCAUUGCUAUCUGUCAUUACUAUGGUCAUUUUAAAAUUGCAAUUGGCACACCUUCCUAGUGUGCAUUACUUCGAUUUAAAGCCUUAUUCCAUUUGUUUGAUUAGUAAGAUGUAAACCAUCUCUAGAUAAAGCCAAUUAUCAACUUCUCCAUCUUGCAGAUUGCUUUUGAAUUAUACUAAUAUUGCAACCAAUGCAACAGAUUUUUCAGCUGCAGUUAAUUAUAAACAACCUAUUGACUAUCGUCUUAUGGCAGAGGAGCAUCAUAUUCCUCAUCACCCUUAAUCAUCAUCAGUAAGGCAGGCACCAUGCUGACCAGCAUUACAGACGGGAUCCUGUGCUGUCUGACUGGGAAGGCUGCCAGCCUGGUGAUGCCCGUCGACUCCUCUGAGCCAGCUGACACCUUCGAGUUUGUAGAAGUGAAGCCUGGGAGAGUCCUCAGGGUUCGCCACAUCAUGCCCGAGCGCCGGGCGUCAGUAGUGACGGAGGAGGACCAAGUAAAGGAGCCAGAGCAAGAGAAGGGCAGUGGAAACAGCAACAACAGUAGCAGUGUGCACUGCAAGCGCAAGAUCACUGUCUACCGCAACGGCCAGCUAGUCAUUGAGAACCUUGGUGACGUGCUGCACUCGGAGAUCGUCCAGUGCCAGGAUGGAGACCUGGAGCCCUGCAGCACCGUGGAGGUGGAACUAGCCGACUAUAAGGAAGUACCCACAUCUCCUGAACCCAAACCCGCGCCUCCCCUGUCCAUGGUCGGGGAGCAGAAACCCGCGCCCCCGCCUCGCCGGCGCCGCCGAAAGCCCAAGCGCAUGGUGAUGAUUGACUCGGAGAGGGAGAUCUCCAGCUGCAAGGGGACGCACUCGGACGUGGCGCUCUUUUUCGUGCACGGGGUCGGCGGCUCGCUGGACAUCUGGGGCAGCCAGCUGGACUUCUUCUCGCGGCUAGGGUAUGAGGUCAUCGCACCUGACUUGGCAGGCCACGGGGCCAGCACGGCCCCCCACAUCGCGGCGGCCUACACCUUCUACGCCCUGGCCGAAGACAUGCGUGCCAUCUUCAAGAAAUACGCCCGUAAACGCAACAUCCUCAUUGGGCACUCCUAUGGGGUAUCGUUCUGUACCUUCCUGGCCCAUGAGUAUCCAGACCAGGUUCACAAGGUAGUGAUGAUCAAUGGAGGGGGGCCCACAGCUCUGGAGCCCAGCCUGUGUUCCAUCUUCCAGCUGCCUCCCUGUGUGCUGCACUGCCUGUCUCCCUGCCUGGCCUGGAGCUUUCUCAAGGCUGGGUUUGCCCAUCAGGGAGCCAAAGAGAAGCAGCUGCUGAAGCAGGGCAAUGCCUUCAACGUGAAUCCGUUUGUGCUGCGUGCCAUGAUGAGCGGGCAGUACUGGCCCGAGGGGGAUGAGGUGUACCACGCUGAGCUAACCGUGCCCAUCCUGUUGGUGCAUGGCAUGUACGACAAGUUUGUGCCCAUUGAUGAGGACCAACGCAUGGCCGAGAUCCUUCUGUUUGCUUUUCUGAAAGUCAUCGAGGAGGGCAGUCACAUGGUGAUGAUGGAGUGCCCUGACACAGUCAACACCCUCCUGCACGAGUUUUUCCUAUGGGAGCCUGACAUGUCCAAAAAGAACGCCGCCAAGACUGAUCCUGACAAGACUGUUAUAGUCAAUGGUGUUGUCGCCCAGACACCAAAACCGAACAAGCCCAUGGACAAAUAACCAAUAAUGAGUCUCAUUUUACAUGAGCAAACCCAAUCCGAGGGCCUGUCUUUGGCAGGUGGCACGUGGUCUUAAGGCUGCUCGCAGGCUGAGAGCUGUUAUUAACAGGGCCAGAGUUUGUUGUGGAAGUGGAGGGGAGGCACCUGGUGCUCCAAGCUAGAGUUGACAUUUGAAUAGGACUGUGGCAAGAAGAAUGAAGAAAAGGAUGGAAAGAAGAGGAAUCUGACAGAGAUGCGUGUUUCUCUUUCCCCUUUGACAGCUGUCUGUGCUUCAUCAUGUGGUGUAUGUAAUCAGACAGACCUCGGGUCCAGAGGAUGUUAUUAAAACACAAUAUCCAUUUGUAAUUCUCUCGAGUACCAAACUUGGUUGGUGAGUGGACCAUUGUGAACCAAAGCGAGGAAGGCAUGACCAUUAAAUGGUGUGUGGAUCGCGUUGCUACCUAUCAUCCAUUAUCUUGUGAGUAAUAAUAUAUCCUGACAAAAUGAUGAUCUUAUAAAACUGGGUUCAUAUUAUGGAUUCACUUCAAAGGGGAAAAUAAUUCACUUGGAAAACUGUGAAACUAUCCAGACAAUACGGCACGUAGCCUAGUGGUUAGAGGGUUGGGCCAGUAACCGAAAGGUUGCUAGAUCAAAUCCCCGAACUGAGAAGAUAAAAAUAUGUCCUUCUGCCCCUGAACAAGGCAGUUAGCCCACUGUUCCUAGGCCGUCAUUGAAAAUAAGAAUGUGUUCUUAACUGACUUGCCUAGUUUAAUAAAUGUUUUCCAAAAAAUGACAAUUAUAAAAUACAAGUCAAUGAGUGACUGUUGUGUAUUAUGGGAGUAAGAGUUCUCAUGCCACAUUGCGAUCCAGUUUGCAUGAGGUCAUCACCGUAAUCAUCCCCUACUAAGCAGGUUAUAGACUAAAGUGUUGACUGGAUGGAAGUGGUGGAUGGAUUGGUAAUUGUUAUGGCAACAAGUUACUACAAGACAUACACCACACAUCUAAACAAAUGGGCCAUACAAGUUCAGCAACCUCAUAAAAUAUAAUCAAGCCAAAGUAAAGCUGUUACAACAUAUCCUUAAGCAAACUAAAUAUCUGUCAGUUGCAGUCAGUAUCAACACAUUCAUCUAUACCCAACAUGGAGCAUUUUGCCUCAAGAACAUUUUGCGGUGUUGUCUGAUAUUAUGCAUUUAGAAACCUAUGCUUACUGUGUGACGUUAUGAAUUAUCUAACCUAACUGGACUAUUUGAAGUUGCUGCAUGAAUAGGCUUUUAAGAUAUUAGAGAUCUUUCUUGUCAAUAUACUUUGACAGUUGAGAAAUCCAAAAACCUUCUCUGUCCUCUGAGAGUAUAAUCUAAGCGGCAUUAUGGACAGAGGAGAAAUUGGACCAAAGCUUUGGUGAUAGGCAAUCCAAAUAAUGUAAGAGUAGUCCAUAACAAUUAUUUUAAAAUACUGAUGCUAGUUAUUCAGCUAACAAUAGGGCAACUCAUUUUGCCUCUGAAUUUGAUGUAACACCAUUAAGAAUGAUGUCGUUCUUCUGUCUACCAGAUAGUAUAGCAAAGCAUUGUCCUCCACUACCCUCCAGUCAAUCUGUUUGUGCUUGCAAUGUCAAUGGUCGUCCAUGAUAAUAAGCUAAAGGACAUACGUUUUCAGGUGCUCAUUUGUGAACGUUUUCUUGUCUCAUAAUGAGAGUGUGUGAUUUGAUCUGUGAUUAAGAAGUAGGAAGCACAGUAACACAUCUAUCUGGUUCAAUCUCUCUGACUGUUAACAUGCUUUAUCCACAUAUGCAUUAUUCUGAGAAAGGAUGAGAGAUGAUUAUGCAAUUUCAAAGGAGAUGAGCAAUGAACAGUACAGAAAGAUAAUGCAUAAGUAAUGGAAACAAGUAGGUUGAGGAACAAAUUAGUUUGACCUAGCUGUUGAAAAGAAGAUGUAUUCAUGUAGACUGUCUAAAAUACCAUGAAGUGCUGCUGAUCCACUCUGCUUAGGCACUGUAUAGAUUGUUCCGACAGCUAUAUGGAUUGCAGGGCGCACAUUUGCUUCCUCCGCUAAAUGUCUAAAAAACCAGUCUGUCCUAUCCAGUGCGCUAUCAUUUGUGGUUCAAAAUGUGUAAAUGUCAUUAAUGCAUUUAUUCCUAGACAUCAGAACUCAUGCACUGCCUGAAUGUAGGUGCAUAUACAGUUCUGAUAUAUGGACAUGUUCAGUUGAGUGUAUGAAUGUGCCUUUCCUGGCAUGAAAUAAAACAAAUGUUUACAUUA